AUGCUCUUCGACGCCAUUAUCCAGACAUUUCCCGCCUCAUACCGCGUGCUGCAGGACUGCAUAGGCGACAUCUCACUGCGCGCACUGCAGAUUGUAUUUCUUCCUGUAGGUCCAGUCAACAUGCUUCCUCCUCACCUGCGACGCGGCCCGAACAGACCACACUUGCGACGACCAGCUCCUCCAUUGCAAGCCUCUGAACAGAGUGCAGAAUCCACUGAGCCUUCCCUCGAGCCACAUUUCCCACGAACGCCACAAGAUGUCUCUGCAGUCCUGGACACACUGCGACAGGCCUCUGCCGGCCGGUUGACCGACGAGCUGCUCAAGCCCAUCUUGUUCCAUGCAGACUACGAUUGCGUGCAUUUUGCAGUCACAUCGACCAAGCAAAGCAGCAGACAUAGUAGCGGCCCAACCACCCUCCCAGAGCCGUACAUUGAAACUGAUGCACUUAUGUGGUUGGGAGAUUUUGAUGUCCUGAACGACGACGGCAGUCUUCAGAGCUUCAAUGGUCGAAUACGCAGCAUACAGAUCGAGGCUAUCGGUCGAGAUCAAGGCUGGGUUGGCAACCGAGACGGCGGAGCGUGGAGCUGGUUUGAGCUAGGCAAGACGCAAGCAGACAGCGGACAGCAGGAACGAAAAGGCUGGAAGUGGAACAUGAUAGGCAACAUGAAGUGGCAACAUCACAAUACCACUCACCACAUGGACGAGGAGCUUUCUGAGACCGAUCACGAUCUGAGCGCAUGGCUGAGCACAUUGCGCAACGGCGAUCGUUUGUCCCUGAUCCCUAUGGCGAGAUUCAGCUCCUGGUCUUGCAAUGUGUCGAAAGGCAAGAUCGACAUUGAGAUUGAAGUCUGGCGAUAG